GUGUGCUGCAGCAGCAGCAGCAGGUCAUGUGCUCCUGUGUGUUGACUGUCAGCUCUGCAGCAGAGAGGCUAACGGCUAGCGGCGGAGCUAACGGUCCUCCGGUGACGCAUUAAGCGGUGACUCAGAGACCGGACCGGGACAUGAAGACACCGGACAGACCCGUCAGAGUAUGAGUUAGCAGCAGAGAGCCGGAGACGUCCACAGUGAUCUGGUGUUUGUGUGACAGCAGCACGAUGCCCAUCCCACCCCCUCCUCCCCCGCCACCAGGGGGACCGCCCCCUCCCCCCACCUUCAGCCAGGCCAACACCAGCCCCCCCAAGCUGAGCCGGGACGAGGCCAAAGGUCGCAGCGCUCUGCUGACGGACAUCUGCAGCGGCACCCGGCUGAGGAAGGUGGCGGUGGUGAACGACCGCAGCGCUCCGCUGCUCGACAAGCCUAAAGGAGGCGGAGCAUCAGCGUCCGGGGGAGCCAAUGUCAGCGCAGCAGGGAGUCCGUCGGGUUCUGUUCCACCAAUCGGAGGGCUGUUUCCGGGUGGUGUCCCCAAACUGAGACCAGUGGGAGACGGGUCCUCAGGACGCUCGCCGUCCACUCGAGCCGCAGCGCCCCGCCCCCCCCAGCAUCGGCAUGAUGACACCGACAGCCCCUCCCCUCAGGCGCUGUCGCCGACAGAGACGGGUCGCUCGCAGCGUCCCUCGCUGCCCAAUCUGAGCCCCUCCCCCUCCUCCCCCUCCUCUGCAGCUUCCUCCCCCUCCUCCAGCAUGAAGCACUCGUCCUCCGCCCCCCCGCCGCCGCCUCUCUGUCGCCGUGGUAACGCCCCAUCCCCUCCCUCCUCCUCCUCCUCCUACAGAGAGAAGCCCCUCCCCCCCACCCCCAACAACACCCCACCCCUUCCCUCCAAACCUCCCCCGUCUCCUGGCAACAGCAGACGCCCCCCCACCUCAGGAGGAAACCCCGCCUCCUCCUCCUCUCUGGCCCCACCCCCUCCACCUUACCGCAUCACUAAUGGUCCAACAGGCGGCGGCGAAGCGGCGCCAGAUCUCCCGCAGCGCCACAACUCCCUCAGCAACAAGAGGACCGCCCCAUCGCCUGGAGGCCACACCCCAACCAGAGGCCCCGCCCCUCCUCCUCCCCCCGCCUCCCCUACCCCCUCCCAGCAGGGCGCCAACAGGCCGCCACCCCCUGUCAGAGAGACGCCAGGCAGAGGAGCAGCUCCUCCUGUUCCGGUGCAGCCGUCGUCUCUGAGGGCGGGAGGCCGUGAAGCCCCGCCCCCACCUCCUUACAGGACUCAUGGUAGCCCCUCCCUCUCCUCUGACCCCCCCGCCAGAGGGAAACCCCCUCCCCCGCCCACCCGCACCCCUGCCGCUCCUCCCCCGCCCCCCCCUCCUCUCCGCAAUGGACACUCAUCCUCCUCCUCCUCCAUCCCUCGCUCAUUUGUUGACGACUUCGAGUCCAAGUAUUCGUUUCAUCCUCUAGACGACUUCCCUCCUCCAGACGAGUACCGACACUUCGCCAAGAUCUACCCCAGCAAGGCAAACAGAGUGAUGAGAGGAGCUCCUCCACUUCCUCCUGUCGGGAGGUGAACCAUGAAAACUACACACAUACACACUCUCACUCACACACACACACACACACCUCCAUCCUGCUUGAUGACGUCAUAGCUGCAGCUUCGCCAUCCGUUGACAUCAUCACCGCCUCAUCUACACACAGCUCACUGCUGAGAGAGGUCUGCUCUGAUUGGCUGAGGAGAGGUCUGGUCAUGUGCAGGAAAGUGAUGAAGACGAGCUGCUGACUCUGCAAACUUCUUCUUCUUCUCUGGACAGCAUGAACACCUCAGUUAGUUUUUAGGGUUGUUUUGCACUUUGCACUUUUUGUUUGCGGCGCCAUCCUGAGGAGGUCUGAGGAGGUGAAGGACACGUGAAGAAGAAGUUUUUAGCGUUGACGGUUGGACAAAGAGAAGCUGACGGCGUGUUAAACUCUUCUUCUCUCUCAGACGUUCAGAUGGAUAAGGAAGCAGCCCGCUACCAGUUUCCAACCGUUUCCAGUCUUUAUGCUAAGCUAACCACUUCCUGUAUGAUUUCACACCAACAGUUUAAAUUUGUGUUUAAGAGAAAACACAUCAGAGUCCUUAUAAACCAUGAAGACUCGCUCCUGAGACCUGACGUGACCUGAGAUGACCUGACGUGACCUGAGAUGACCUGACGUGACCUUUGACACAGUUUCUGAGUCUUUAAGUGCCAAGCUGUUUGAAA